AUGUCCCGCCAAAAUCUCGCAGCCCCUCUGCUCGGCGCUGCCGCCCUCGUAGGUGGUGGCGUUUACUAUACCCGCAAGUCAACCGACACCUCUGGCGACCCUGCCCAACAAACCCAUGGCGGCAAACCGCGCCCAACAACCGACGAGGUCGUGGCCAACAAGAAGCAGCAGGCCGACGCCAAGCGCGAUCUUGGUUUGGGCGGUGCCGGCGUAGGAAUGAACCAGACGACGGGCGGCACUGAACUUGGCUCCGGCCUCAAGAGCGGCAACACGGAAAACCCCAACCGCGACGCCCCCAAGGGACCAAAGGACAAGUUCCCCUCUGAUGCCGGCGAGAUUGGUGGUGGACAGGGUCGUGGAAAGACCAACGCCAGGUCCAUUGAGUGGCAGGGCCCUUCGACCGGAGGCUCUGCCGGCGACUCCAGCGCAGGCUCCGUGGGUGGCGGCCCCAGCGCUCAAAGCAGCAACAAGGAGGACUCGAAGGACAAGCCCAGUAGCAGCAGCUAUGCCGGCAGUCAGGGCAACACUGGUGGCGGCACCGACAGCAACAGCGUCGGCAGCCAGGGCGGCAUCUCGCAGAGGCUGCAGGGCUUCUUCCGACAGGGCGGAGAUCAGGAAGGUGAGAAGCCUCGACAGGCGCCUAUGGAUACCAAGGUUGCCAGCAAUUUGAGCGACACGCCUACGAAACGUGGAGGAAGUCCCUUUGACAAGCAUCGCAAGGACGUGACGGCAGUUUCGCCCACGGAAUCAUGA